GCGAUGGCCAUCACUGACAUCCUCUCUGCUAAAGACAUUGAAUCUGCUCUCUCCAGCUGCCAGGCUGAUGAUUCCUUCAACUACAARUCUUUCUUCUCCAUGGUUGGUUUAUCCAGCAAAACUCCUGAUCAGAUAAAGAAAGUUUUUGGAAUCCUUGAUCAGGACAAGAGUGGUUUCAUUGAAGAAGAGGAGCUGCAGCUGUUCCUGAAGAAUUUCUCUUCAAGUGCCAGAGCCCUCACCUCGGCAGAGACCAAGGCUUUUAUGGCUGCAGGAGACACUGAUGGUGAUGGCAAAAUUGGAGUGGAAGAAUUCCAGUCUCUGGUGAAGGCAUAAACAGCAUUAGACCAAAGGCASCCUUGGACUGAC